AUGGCUUCCUUUCUUCAACUCCUCCUUCUCUUCUCUCUCUCCUUCUUCUCCCUCUCCUCCGGCGUUCCGUACGAAGCCAUCCUCGAUGCCGCCGACAUUCUCUUGGAUUCAGGCUUCAUUUCCAUGGCUCUGACUAUCGAAGUCGUUGCUAAAACCCUUCUCCUCCAAUCUCCUUCCCUCACUGUCUUCGCUCCAUCUGACUCUGCCUUCGGUAAAACGGGUCAGCCAUCGCUCGAUCUGCUCCGAUUCCACGUCGCUCCAAUGCCAUUGCCGGCGCAGAGCAUCCGACUGCUCCCUUCCGGCGCCAAAAUUCCAACGAUGUUCGAUAAGAACUCUCUGGUCGUCACCACGCCGCCUUCUGAUCGAAGAAUAUCACUGAACAAUGUCAGGGUUAAUAUUUCCCCAAUCUACGAUGACGGCUUCGUUAUAAUCUACGGAAUCGAGAGGUUCUUCGAUCCCAAUUUCAAGUACGUGCCGCCACAUCGAAGAUCGCAUCCAAAUCCUGCGUGUGGUGCAACGAACGAGACUGUGAGUUCCAGCAAUUCUUCGAAAGAAGCCGUUAGAGCCUUGAAUGCCGGAGGGUACUCUGUGAUGGCUUCUUUUCUCGGAAUGCAAAUAUCUAUUGAUGAGACUCCGAUGACCGUAUUUGCCCCGGCGGAUAAUGCGGUGGUAAGUCAUCUUGGGAAUUUCAGCGACUAUCCAUCGUUCUUUCUUCGCCAUGUUGUGCCCUGCAAGCUUCUCUGGAACGAUCUGGUGGAUUUAAGCGAUGGGUCUGAAAUCCCCACGUAUUUGGAUGGGUUUUCCAUUAACGUCACGAGGGCAAGUGGAAUAUUGGUGCUGAACGGAGCCCAAGUUUUCUUUCCAAAUAUGUUCUACAAUAACGAGCUUGUCGUUCAUGGCGUGAAUGAUGUUCUGGCGACGGACGAGAAGACCCAGGAAGCUGCUGAAUCUUCCUCUAAUUUGGAAGCUAAGCGUGAUGAUGAGGAAACUUUGUUUGACCCUGGCGAAUUUUGAGG